UCCCCGGCCACCGUCCCUUAUCUCCUCCCGUUUUCCCUGGCUGGGCGGAGCCGACGGAAGCCUGCAAGGGCCAGUUUCCUUCUUGGCGGCCGGGUGUGCGCGUUCCUCCGUCAUGGCGGCCGCGGCGGCGACGGAGCAGGAGGCCUUGAAGGGUGGAGGCAAUAGCAACCGGAACCGCGGGGGCGUGCAGCGCGUGGAAGGGAAGCUCCGCGCCAGCGUGGAGAAGGGAGACUACUACGAGGCCCACCAGAUGUACCGCACCCUCUUCUUCCGGUACAUGUCGCAAGGGAAACAUGCAGAAGCGAGAGAACUCAUGUAUUCGGGGGCCCUGUUGUUCUUCAGUCACAAUCAACAAAACAGCGCUGCUGACCUGUCCAUGCUAGUUCUAGAGUCCCUGGAGAAGUCAGAUGCAAAAGUUACAGAUGAGCUGCUAGAGAACCUGGCGAAAGUGUUCAGCCUGAUGGACCCGAAUUCACCGGAAAGAGUGGCCUUUGUGUCCAGGGCACUGAAGUGGUCCAGCGGAGGGUCGGGAAAACUCGGGCAUCCGAAAUUGCACCAGUUGCUAGCCAUCACGUUGUGGAAAGAGCAAAACUACUGUGAAUCUCGGUAUCACUUCUUGCACUCUACAGAUGGCGAGGGCUGUGCAAACAUGCUGGUGGAGUAUUCCUCGUCCAGGGGCUACCGCAGCGAGGUGGACAUGUUUGUAGCUCAAGCCGUGUUACAAUUCCUCUGUUUGAAAAACAAAACCAGCGCGUUAGUGGUUUUCACAACAUACACGCAGAAGCACCCUUCCAUAGAGAGGGGCCCUCCCUUUGUACAGCCCUUGCUCAACUUCAUUUGGUUCCUGCUGCUGGCGGUUGAUGGAGGAAAGUUAACAGUAUUUACAGUAUUGUGUGAACAAUACCAACCGUCCUUGAAGAGGGACCCCAUGUAUAAUGAAUAUCUAGACAGAAUAGGACAGCUCUUCUUUGGUGUUCCACCCAAACAAACCUCAUCCUAUGGAGGACUACUAGGCAACCUUUUAAACAGCUUGAUGGUGGCUGGAGAAGAAGAGGACGUGGAGGACGGGCAAGAAGACAGCAGUCCCAUCGAGCUGGAUUGACCUCUUCCGGGGCUCCUUGGAACGCCGACCACGUGCUCCACCCCUCACCCAAGCGAAGAAACAAACAAACAAACGAAACAAAGACGGUUUUGAGAACAAGUCCUGCAAUUCUUUCUCCACAGGUCCAAGGGCUCCUCUGUUGAGUUUGAAAGGAGAGGGUGCUGAGAUGAUGACGGUGGUGAUGAUGACGGUGGUGAUGAUGAUGAUGUUCAUGAUGUUUUGGUCCUUAUUAUUUAUGUAAACAGAGAAAAAUACGAAAGGCAAGGGGAGGAGAGCCACGAGAACUGACUGGGUGUGGGCAUUGGUGGACCUCUGGCACUGCUGGAUGGUGAUGGACCCAGGAGGAGAAGGUGGAGGUGGAGGUGGAGGAGACAGUGGCACCCUCUCUCUCUCUCUCUCUCUCUGCGAUUCCCUCUUCUCACAAUCACACUCAAUAAAGCCGGCGCAGGCAUUUCUUGCUACCUA